AUGUUCAUAUUCAUCAUCGUUCUUAUUUCGUUGUUGCUGUGCGAAGGAAGACCUCCUGUAACGGUUGAAGAGUUGAAAGAAGGUCAAAUGUCUCCAGAAAUCGAGUACUUUGACGAUUUCGUUCCAUGGUUCCACAAUUCAACCAAAUUCAAGGAGAAUUUACUCUAUGAAAAGAAGAAAUAUUUGAGCACAGUUCUUGGACAACACAGAAAAUUCCGUGCCCUGUGA